AGAAGACAGAAUUUUCAGUGGUCUAAAUUUAUAGAUACUUUAGAAGAAGAAACUAUUGGGUAAAAUGAAGGAAGAAUUGUUGAGUCUAUUGGAAGAGUUUUUCUUAUUCAGAGAUUCAGGGGUAUGAAAAAGGAAAAAGUCUCAGUGCAACUGGAGACUAGAGGAACAAUAUUUGUCAUCAAUGAUGCUGAAUACAACCUCAGUCACCAAAUUUCUCCUCUUGGGAGUGACAGACAUUCAACAACUGCAGCCUUUUCUUUUUAUGGUUUUCCUCACCAUCUACUUCAUCAAUGUGGCUGGGAAUGGAGCCAUCCUGAUGAUUGUCAUCUCUGAUCCUAGACUCCAUUCCCCUAUGUAUUUCUUCCUGGGAAACCUGUCCUACCUGGAUAUCUGUUACUCUACAGUGACACUGCCAAAAAUGCUGCAGAACUUCCUCUCUACACACAAAGCAAUUUCUUUCUUGGGAUGCAUAAGCCAGCUUCAUUUCUUCCACUUCCUGGGCAGCACAGAGGCCAUGUUGUUGGCCGUGAUGGCAUUUGACUGCUUUGUGGCUAUCUGCAAGCCACUUCGCUACACUGUCAUCAUGAACCCUCAGCUCUGUACCCAGACGGCCAUCACAAUCUGGAUCACUGGUUUUUUCCAUGCCCUGCUGCACUCCGUAAUGACUUCUCGCUUGAACUUCUGUGGUUCCAAACGUAUCCAUCAUUUUUUCUGUGAUAUUAAGCCAUUGCUAAAGCUGGCCUGUGGGAACACUGAGCUUAAUCAGCGGCUACUCAGUACUGUCAUGGGGACAAUUGCCAUGGGCCCCUUCUUUCUGACACUUCUCUCCUAUUUCUACAUUAUCACCUGUCUCUUCUUCAAGACCCGUUCCUGUAGCAUGCUCCUCAAAGCACUGUCCACUUGUGCCUCCCACUUCAUGGUAGUUAUUCUUUUGUAUGCACCUGUUCUCUUCACCUAUAUUCAUCCUGCCUUAGGGAGCUUCAUAGACCAGGACCGGAUUGUUGCCAUCACGUACACUGUGGUCACUCCAGUACUAAACCCACUGAUCUAUACUUUGAGGAACAAGGAAGUGAAGGGGGCCUUGGGUAGAGUGAUCAGAAGGCUUUGAUUUGAAUAAACCAGAGAACUCUUCUGAGGCAUAAAUAACCAGCAAUGAAAAAGUAGAGAUGUGUAAUUUUACUGCUUCUCAGAUGGUUUAUAAGUGUAAAAUAGAGGCAACUGGAUAAAAGAAAAAAAAGUCCAAUCUAGUUGUAGUAAACAAUACAUUUCUAAGUAACAUGAGGAAUACUUGAAUAUGCAAGACACUAGCCAUGGAACCCUAAUGCUGAAAAUUUUUUGGAAUAUCAGUUGAUAUAAUUGACUUGUUAUGUAUUCUAACAUGUACUUGUAUGCAAUUGUAUGUAGAAUUUUGCCUAUAUUGCCCAUGUGUUGUAUAGAUAGAUAAUAUUUAGGACUGUUUAUCUGUAAGAUCCUUUUAGUUUAACAUAUUUUAG